AUGUCCCAAUCAACCUACCAAACCGUCGUGCUCGCUGCUCGCCCAAAGGCCUCCAUUGUCCCCAACGAGACCUUCUCUGUUAAAAGUGAUCCACUUAUCACAGAGGCUGAUCUUAAAGAUGGGCAGAUUCUUGUUGAGACUCUUUAUCUGUCUCUAGACCCCGCGAUGCGUGGUUGGUUGAAUGAUGUCCGCUCUUAUGUGCCGCCAGUGCAGAUUGGCGAGAAAAUGAGGGGAGCUGCUAUCGGUAAAGUACUUGCGAGUAAAGCGGCGUCUUAUAGCGCUGGCGGGUAUGUCCAGAGCAAUGUCGGCUGGACUGAACUUGCCAUUGUAGACGGCAAUGACCCUACUACAAAGCCCCUCUCAGUCCCAGAAGGCGGCAAACUCACCGACACGCUCGGCGCCCUGGGCCCAACCGGCCUCACCGCUUACUUCGGCAUAAUCGACAUCGGCAAAGUCAAGGCCGGCGAUUUCGUCGUCGUGUCUGGAGCUGCUGGAGCUACGGGCAGCGUAGCGUGUCAAAUCGCCAAGUUGAAAGGCGCAAAGGUAUUAGGUAUUGCGGGGAGUGAUGAGAAGGUAGCUUGGCUCAAAGAAUUCUGCGACGAUGCGUUGAACUACAAGGCUGUGGACUUUGCGAAGCAGUUUAAAGCCAAGACGCCGGAUCUGAUUGAUGUUUUCUAUGAUAAUGUUGGGGGCGAGGUGUUGGAGUUGGCGUUGAGCCGGGCGAAGGCGCACGCGAGGUUUGUGAUGUGUGGUGCUAUCUCGCAAUACAACUCUGCCGAGGCAAAGGGACCAAAGAACCUCUCAAUGGUGAUCGCUAUGCGCAUCAGGUUGCAAGGAUUCAUAGUCUUCGACUACGCGUCCCAAUUCGCAGCCGCCGGCAAAGAACUCGCGCAAUGGUUGUCUGAAGGAAAGUUGAAGCGAAAAGAGACGAUUAUUAAGGGUGGUUUGUCUGCGGCUCCCGGUGCGCUGGCCGAGUUGUACAAUGGCGUUAACACGGGGAAGCUGUUGGUUGAGAUUAAGGCUGAUGAGGGAACGGGGUCGAAAUUGUAG